UUUCGAUUUCGCUCCAGCAGCGGCGGCUCCGGAAACAGAAACAAAGAGGGACAGACCCAGAGAGAGAGAGAGAGAGAGGAAAGGAGAGAGAGAGAGAGAGAGAGACAGAGAGAGAAGGGAACAGGGACAGAGAGAGAGAGAGAGAGACAGAGACAGAGACACGGAGAGAGAGAGAGAGAGAGGAAAGGAGAGACAGGGACAGAGACACACACAUACACAGAGAGAGAGAGAGAGACCGAGAGAGGGGGAGAGACAGAGACCGAGAGAGAGAAGGGGACAGGGACAGAGAGAGAGAGAGAGACAGGCACGGGAAGAGAGAGAAGGGGGCAGGGACAGAGAGAGAGAGAGAGACAGGCACGGGAAGAGAGAGAAGGGGGCAGGGACAGAGAGAGAGAGAGAGACAGGCACGGGAAGAGAGAGAAGGGGGCAGGGGUAGGGUGACUGUCUGGCGGAGAGUGUUGCCUGGGAGUCAGUCCUUAAAGCCGGGAGGGGUGCCAGUCAGAGACAGAGGCCUCCCCUCCCCCUGGGGUGGAGCCAGGUCAGGACCCCCGGGGGUAAGUGCAGCCCGAGGCUGACCAGGAGCUGGGGCCACCGGAGGGGAGAGGACACGAUGGAAAUUCAGAAGGAAUUACAAUGCUCCAUUUGCCUGGAUGUUUUCCGUUCCCCAGUGAGCACGGAAUGUGGCCACACUUUCUGCAGUGACUGUAUCUCCAAGCAUUGGGACCGAGAGAGCAGCGGCUCCUACUCCUGCCCGGAAUGUCGACGUGAAUUCCCCAAAAGACCUCAACUGGCCAAAAAUAUCCGCCUGUGUCAGAUCACUGAAGCCUGGAAACGAGGGAGAGUCCAGGACGAUCCCGGAGUGAGUGCUGCUCCCAGUCCCAGAGUGAGUGCUGAUUGCUCUGGGGAUCUGGGAAGAUUUUGCCAAAUCCACCACUGGGAGCUGGAAUUGUACUGUCACACAGAGGGAGUCGCUAUCUGUAGGCUGUGUCAUCUACAAGACCAUCAGACACACCAGACAGGAGAGCUGAAGGAGGAGGCUGAGAGAGCCCGGGAGAGAAUAAUGAAGUAUCAGGCAUUGGUGGAUUUACAGCAUCAGGCAACAGUCAAUGAGCUGUCGGCCUGGAAGGAUACAAUAACCACACAACAGGGCUGGCUCCAUCAGCUCCGUGAGGAGGUCCAUGAGGAGUUUGAGGAGGUGCUGAGGACACUGAGGAAAACCGAGGAGCAGCUCGGAGUGUUCCUGCACAACUCAGAGGGUCACUACCUCGAGCAGGCCGAGGCCUUCCGGAAACAUCUACAGGACAAGCUCCUCCACCUUCAACACCAACACCACUUACUACACACACUGCUCAAGGAGGACAGAGCCAUCGCCCUCCUUCAGGGAGCAGAGGGAUUGAGGAAGAGCCCGGACGUCCCUCUGGAACAGGCAGAACAGCCGGAGCUGCCACAGCACCUCAGCCAGCUCACCGCAGCGACCAAGGUGUUAUCAGACCUGCUCAGGGAACAACUACAGGCCUUCACUCAGCUUAACAUUCCCACUGGAGAAUUCCCAGGUCGGGACGACCAGCAGAUCCCCGCUUCAGGGACACAGCCAGGAGUGGACAGCACUCCCCCAGCCCAGUCUGGCUCUAUCCGAGGAGCUGAAGCAGUGACUGUGUCUGUAUCCAGCCCCGGUCAGAGGUAUCUAACCCCACCACAAACCAGGCAGGAUCUCAUGCGAUACUUCAGUGUGGUGACCUUUGACCCAAACACAGCAUCUGAUUGGCUGCUACUUUCAGAUGAUCUGCAACUUGUGACCAAUCAGCAUCCCAAGAACCAGAACCAUCCCAGACACUCGGACAGAUUCACUCGGCAGCACCAGGUGCUGGGAAUCCAGGAGUUCACAUCUGGCGUCCAUUACUGGGAGGUAUCUGUGAGUGGGGGCUCCGUGCGUGUUGGCUUGGCUUAUCGUCAAAUCAACCGGACUGACCGUGGGUCUGCCUCCAUCCUGGGAGAGAACGCGGUCUCCUGGUGCCUGGAGCUGGACCAGGGCAGUGGGGUGGCCUGGCACGAUAACAGGAAGAGCGACCCUGUGCCUUCCCCGUACCAGUGUCUCGGCCUCCUCCUGGACUUUCCCAGUCAGACCCUGUCGUUCUACGGAAUCCGUGAGCAGGCGAUCCUGCUCCUGCACCAGUUCCAGACCGGCUUCAGCCAGGGCCUGCUGCCAGCUUUCUGGGUCAGCAGGAACGCCAAGAUCCGGAUCAACAACAAGUCCCAGAAACCGGCGAGACAGACCCCGAUCGGAAACCGAUCCUGAUCCUCGGGAUCCCGGCUUAAUGAUCGUCCAAAGCCUCAGGGUCCGAACCGGAAAUAGAUUCUUCUCUCUGAUCAGAAACCUCGACACGACAAGUACCUUUCGGAGCAUUAAUCUGUUCAGUGGCAUCUGACAGUGCUCAGAGUGAGAGAGAGAGAGAGAACAUGGAUGGGAGGAGAGCUUU